CCCCGAUAUGACACACUGCUGCCGCUGUGACGUACAGUGUGACGUGUCACGACAGAUUCAACCCAGACCCGGGAAAACUCAGCCGGAGAAUCACAACCAGAACCAAAACAGGUGCCGGAGCCGGAGCCGGAUCUGGAUCUGCUCGUCAUGGUCCAGGAGUUUCACGUCCUCCAGUGUUUUUCCUGUCAGAGCUUCCAGGUUCAACAGGUGAAGAAGGUGAACAGGUGGAGCUGUAAACUGUGUGGAGAGAAGCAGUCGCUGCUCAAGGAGUUUGGGCGGGGCUCCGCAGCCGACUGCAGACGUCAUGUUCAGAAACUGAACGCCGUGAGAGGAGCCAUGAUGGAGGAGCAGGAGCGCAACACCUGGUCGCUAUGGAAGCAGGUGGAGGCAGACGGAGAGGAUGAACCUGAGGAACACGACCAGGUGACCCCACACACACAGGUGACACAGACUCAGGUGACACAGACUCAGGUGACACAGACUCAGGUGACAAAGACUCAGGUGAGCCGCUGGAGCAAAUACCUGGACACACCUGAGGAGGCGGAGCCAGAAGAGGAUGAAGAGGAGAAUGUUUUGAUGGACAGGCAGCAGUUCCAUGGCAACAACAUGAUUGACAGGAAGAGGAAGAGAAGAGGAGGACAGGACAGCUGGACACCUGAACAGUCAAACCGGUCCGGUCUGAUGAAACCUGUUAGACCCUCAGCCACAACCAGAACCACCAGUCUGAACCACUCCAGUCAUCCCCCCAGUGGGAGUACUGGUCCAGUCAGUAGUUGGGCUUGUUUCCUCAGUUCUGACUGUCAGGUGAAGGAGGGGGAGGAGCCUUCAGACAGUGGGUGGAGUCAGUCAGUGGGCGGAGCUGCCUCCGCCCUGUAAUGACAUCAUCCGUCAGGCCCCGCCUGUUUGAGAGCGGCGACAGGUUCAGUUUCGAGUUUCUGACAGCUGAGAGGCUCUAAACAAACGAAUAACUAAUCCUGUUUCUGAUUGACAGAUUUAUUGAUCUGCUGGAGUUUUCUAACAUGUGAACAGAUAUUUUGAUCAGAAAAGUUGGAACUUCCAUUUUUGUAAUUUGUUCAGAUCAAUAGUUUAAUAAGUCAGACAGGUUCAGUUCAUGUUUUUAUUGUACAGAUAACAGCAACAUGUCGAUGACUAAUAAAGAAGUAGAAACAA